AAAUAUUUUAACAUCAGGAAGUUGAAAAUUCUUUAACUUUUAAUUUCGUGUGUAUAUUUUGAAGUUGCGGUUGGUAGUUAGUCCCCCGUGAACCCGAAAUUUCAGGACGUGUGUAGGGCUGGUGUUCGUGAAUUUGACAUUUUUCAAUUAAAAGUAAUUAUUGGGGAGAGUGAGCAAUUGUUGCAGUCCUUAUCAUCAUGUUAUCACAGUGUUUUAGUAUUUGUGCUGAUAAAUAUAAACAUUAACAGUUUUCUAGUGUUUUUUUAUGGAAAGGAUACAAUAAUUGGGCACCGUUUUUUAACGACAAAAAUACUGGAAUACCAUGAUAGUUUAAAAUAAAAAAUCAACUGGUUUGUAAUCGGCUGUUAUGGAAGAAAAAAGGACUCCAAGAGGUGGUGGUUCUAAAGUAUCAGAAAUUGCAAAUAAAUUUCAAGCACAGAUUCCUAACACUUGCGAUGCUUCAAUGAAAAUCAAAGCUAAGGUGGAUACAACCUCGCAAGAUUUAGUGGAAGAGGUAUCGGGAGGAAAUGUUGUGAGAACAGAAUCCCACGUAACUAGAUUUAAUCAUGCACGUGCUCUAUUUGAAAAAUUAGGGGAAGAAACCCGUAAUAAUUGCGAAAAGCAUGUAGUGCCCGUAACAGUUAAAAGAAUUAACAGCUGCGACUUGAAAUUGAAAGUCAACGUAUCGCAAAGUGAGACUAUUAAUUCUCAUGAAGAAAGAUCUAGAUCACCAUCGCCAAAACUUACAAAGGGCAACGAUGUUGUGUUUCCAGAUGAUCACAUAGGCUUUAUAAGCAAAACUAAUGGUAUUAAAUCAAUUAGUUCGAAUGAAACUAGUUGUAAAACAGAUGAAAAUCAGAAACGAAUUAAAUCAAAUUUUUUACUAAAAACUAAUAAACCUGAGAAACCAGAGAAACCCGAACGCAAACUUAAUAGCAAAGAACUUAUUGAAAAGCAGCGGAAUUGGACGUCACAUUUCUCAAAAUCACGAAUUAUACGUUACAAUAGUGAUCCAAAUAAAAAUGAAAUACAAUUUGUCGUAAAUGAGAAGGAGAACGAUUCUAAUCGACAGAUAACUAGUAGAAAUAUCUCCUUGAUUAGCAAAACAACAUUGUUGGCUCAACCUGAGUAUGCGGAAAAUUUCCGAAGGAAAAACAUCAGCAAAAAAGAACGUCCGGCUUCAGUCAUUCCAACAAUUUGCAGUAACAUUGAGGUUAAUCUGGAAAAUUCUGCGCCCAAAACAACACAUUUUAAUGAAGUUCACAAAAGGAAAGAAAAAUCAGCAAGUUGGAUUUUAGUAUCCUCAGGAAGCAAUACUGCGGAAUUUUUAUCGAAAUGUCAUUCAGAACAGAAUAAAUGUUUACCAGAUGAUAUCUCAAACACUAGGAAUGAACAUAAUAGUGAAAAAUUGUCACGUUAUUUUCUACCUGUACAAAAUGAUGAGGUCCACAAUGAUGUUGCCAAUCUAGAAAGUCCAAGGAUAUCUGACAAUUUUGUGAUACCAGUUAGUUCUAGCAAAGCUAAUUCUGAACUAGAGAAGCAGGAAAAUGAAGAAAACGAAAAGUCACUGGGAAAAUCAAAUGAGGAAGCUUUUACUCUUGGUUGUAAUUUUUAUUCAGAGGAAGUUUCUAAAUCACCAAUGGGUCAAUCAGACGAAAUCAAGUCUCGCGUAAAUCUCGUAUGUGAUAUGGAUGAAUUUGCACCUGGUUAUGUUGACUGCAGCCAAGCAACCGUAAUGACCCCUAUAGAAGAGCAAUUUAUGUUAAGUACAAAGAUCCUGGAAAAGCAUUUAAGUCAAAUUAAUCAUCAACUUCUGUCAGAUGAAGAAGCACAGGAAGUAGUCAGACUGCUGAUUCCUAGUAAAUCCAUUGCAGAAGAUGCCACAGUUAACACAUGUGGAGAUUCCUUACAUGAUUCAAAAAGACCGUGUGAUACGUCCAUGAUUUCUGAGGUUUCCGAAUCGACUGAUUUUGAGGAAGCCAUUAAAACUGAUAAAGUUGACGAGAUCGACACAUUUUUGGAUGAAAGUGUGGUUCAUUCUCAACAAAAGGAUUAUGUUCCUGAUAUAAUACCGAUUGUGGGAGUUGAAGACGGCGUGCACUAUUUUGAAGACGGACAUUUUUGGAUGGAAGUUCCAGGAUUAUUACCUGAAGAUUUGACAGAAGAAGAAGAGGACACAAAAUGUAGCAUACGUUAUUCCAAACAAAGCAAGGUUUCUUUUUCUACAGAACCUAUGAAAGUGUAUUCAACUUUCAGCAUAACCGAAUAUGAUAGACGUAAUGAAGAUGUAGACCCAGUAGCGGCAUCAGCGGAGUACGAACUGGAAAAGCGCGUAGAGAAAAUGGAUGUUUUUCCUGUAGAAUUGGUUAAAGGAUCUGAAGGGUUAGGUCUCAGUAUAAUUGGAAUGGGUGUUGGAGCUGAUGCGGGCUUGGAGAAGUUAGGUAUUUUUGUGAAAACAAUAACUACAAAUGGAGCGGCAGCUAAAGAUGGAAGAAUUAAAGUAAAUGAUCAAAUUAUAGAAGUUGAUGGAAAGAGUCUUGUCGGUGUUACUCAAGCUUAUGCUGCUAGUGUUUUAAGAAACACUUCCGGUCUAGUGAAAUUUAGCAUUGGUCGUGAACGUGAUCCGGAAAACAGCGAAGUAGCUCAACUCAUCAGACAAUCAUUGCAAGCAGAUAAGGAACGAGAAGAAAGAAGGCAAAAAACUAUGGAAACUGAACAACAACAGAGUGAUGCUAGUACAGUUCCAUUAACAGGUUCCGCAAACACCAGCGUAUCGGACGGUCCUAAUAGUCCAGUGGUUAACCACGAGAACCUAAUGGAUUCAGAACAAAACAUGGAGGUAGAAUUACUCAAAAUGUUACUGCAACAGUUAAUCGAACACCACGCUUUUCAACCUGAUAUUAUUGAAAAAUUGGAGCAAAUGAGUCAACAAAUCAGAGGUCUAGAAAAGAUGCUAUCAACCGCCAGAAAAGAAAUUCAGACAUAUCAAAGUAUGCUGGAACAAUCUCAGUCACAAUAUCUCGUCGUGGAAAGAAAAUACAUGAAGACAAAACAGAUACUUCGAGAAUAUCAGAAUCGUGAGUUAGACUUGAUGCACAGAGAAGAUUAUUAUCAGCAGUUGUUGCAAGAAAAGGACACAGAAUAUAAUGCGUUGGUAAAAAAUUUGAAGGAUCGUAUUAUCAUUCUAGAGCAAGAUGUGUUGGAAACCCGACAAGAGGCUGGGUUACCCUGCGUUCUUCCACAAGAUCAUGCAAAUAUAAAGCAACGUAUUGCGCAGGUUUUAGAAAAAGGUCCACCCAAUAUUUUAAUACCAGAAAUAAGUAACAAUUUAUCAGAUUUAGAAAUAUCUGAUCCAAGUCCAGAUGAGGAUAAAACAGCUACAGUUGAAAGAAAACUUCCACUUAAGGAAGAGUUAGAUAGUGUUGUACCACAACAUGAAUUACUUGAUAUUUCAGCCAAUAAGCGUAAAGCAGAAUUAGCUACUAGAGGAGCCCUUGCUAAUAGACAAUUGCCUAGUACGAAAAAGGGUUCGUUAAGUAAUAGUAGCAGCUCCGAUUAUGGGUUAGACGAAAGCUUCAAUUCCGGGGAUGAACUGAACAUCUAUGCACAACCUCAGGAUUCGUGCUAUUGCGGUGCCAAAGAAAAACGGUCUACUUGUACUUCAACAGGACGUUCAAGUGAACGUCGUACUACUUCAUUGUAAAUAAUGAUGAAGGGAUAACAACCCGAAACCGAUACGAAUAACAUAAAUAAAAUAGUGGACAGAAAGUGUUCUUUUUAUUUACAAUGAUGAAAUUUUGAGACGGACGUUUAGGUACAAAUCAUCAAGUGCUAUUAUUUUGCAUGAUUUUCUGAACUAGCCGUAGCUUUAUUUAUUGACAAAAAGAAUUCAAAUUUUGAAAAAAAUUGUUCUAUGUUGUAGUAGAAACUUUUUUUAAGUCGUCUUAAGUCGACUUACGAUCUUCGGGAAGUCUGUUGUAAUAUGUAAUUUACAUAUACUUAGAACCUCUUCGCAAAUAAAGCAGUUUUAGUGUUUAUUGUUUAUUGUUGUUGCUUAAUGGCCAACAAAGAAAUUGAAAUAGGCAAUUUACAAAAUAAUUUAAACUUAAGACUAAUGGGACAGAGUUAAUACAAGUCAAUGCAAUUUAAAAAUUUAAACCAGAUUGUACCUUAAAAACAAAGAGAAAUAAUAAAACUCAAUAAGUAUGAUUACAGGACAACGUUUUUCUAAAGAGAUUCAAAUUAUAAUAAUUAAACAAUCAAUAGAUGGAGAUAGGUUAAGUAGGUCAUCAAUUACACAGGUUUACAAAAAUCAAAAAAGUUUUUUGGACUGAAUAUCUAUUUAUCACUUCUACUGUAUUUUCGCUCGCUGAAUUCAAAUUCGUGCUCAGUUGUUCUCCAGCACGUCUAGAUUUUGUGACUGCGCAAGGUCACUAAUCAUUGGGCUAAUCAAAAAUUUCGUUAAAGCACUCGACAAAAAUGAUGCAGCCUUUAAAUACUUACUAAAAAUUUUUCCAACGUUAUCUUAUGCCAAAAUAAAAGAAGGUCCGGACGUACGAAAACUGAUUCAAGACAGCCAAUUUACGAGAUAUUUGUCAUCGUGCACAACUUUCUCGGUAUUAACCAAAGUUCCGAUUACAAAGAAAUUGUUGCAAAAUUAUUGAAGGAUUAUAAACAAAUUGCGGCUCGCAUGUCUUUGAAGUUACAUUUCCUUCAUUCGCACCUAGAUUUUUUUCCUGCUAACUUAGGCGCUACCAGUUAUGAACAGGGCCAACGGCUACAUCAAAAUUUAUAUAGCAUGGAGAAAAAUUACCAAGGUUUUUGGGAUGAAGGCAUGAUGAGCGAUUUUUGCUGGAUGUUGUUGCGUGAAACCGUUGGUCAAACGUAUGCUCGACAAAGAAAUACUGGACUGCACUUUCAAUUUUAAAGAUUUUUUGUAAGAAAACUGCUAAAUAUAUUAAAAUUUCAUCAAAACUUGUCAUAUUCAAUAUCUCAAAAACUUGACGUGAUGGGGACAAACGGAUUGCAGAAUCGUGUUCAGCGUGCAAAAUUGGUCUAAGAACACUAAUUGGUUGCUUUGUCCAAAAACUAGUGUAAACCUGUGUUAUUAGGGUAAAAAUAGUUCAAGGGCUCGAUUAUUUCUCCCACUCCUCAUUAACCUUGCCAGUCCAGGGUCGCGCGAUCGAACAUGCAGCAAUGAGCUAAGCGAAAUAAUAACAUCGUGCGCUACUGAAGGAAAGUUAGUGGUGGGAGUCGCAUGGCCUAAAACUGCAUCCUUUUAAUUAUUAGUCUUGCAAUUCUCAUACAAGCAGAGUGAAAUCCAUAGUUAGUUCUUUGAAGCGCAGUAGAAAAUCAAUCAUUACCUCUAGUAAUAUAAUUAGGAAACCGAAAAAAAAAUAUAUUAAAAUUGGACAAUCAAAUUGAUGAUACAAAAUUUUCUAACCGAAAAGAAUAUAAAUUUCCUACAAAACUCAAAUGAUUCCAAACCUAGCAACUGAAAACGAUCGUCGUGAGAAAGCUUAUUUUUAUAGAUUUUAAGUUUAAAUAAAAUGAAAUUUUUUGAAAAUUUUCUUUGUGUUUUUUCCAUACGCGCAACUUCACUUCUGCAAUAAUAUACCGAACUAACGUGAAAUAAUUUGAUGAUUACCAAUUACAUUAUUGAAAUGUUCAUGUGAACAUGUGGCCCUUUUUAUAAAUCCAAUUAAUCUAUACGCUCUUUUGCAAAGUGUUUUUCAUACCGAAGGCUAGACAACGCGUUGGAAAGCUGUAGACUGCAGUUUCGAUCUCGUUUGAUCUCAUCAGUACAGCACAUUCCACCGAUUGUCUAGCAUCCAUUGUGUUUCGCUUAUGUGCCUAAGCUUAGUAAACAUGUGUUAGUAAGAUGUCAAGUGGGGCGACCUAUAUGUUUUCCCCUACGAAAGUGGCAACACCAGUGCAGGUUAGAUGUAAUUCAGCGUCCGGCGGGGCUUUUGUCCGUUACGUAGCUGUUUGCCUCCACUGGUUGGUUCCCCAAAUAGCGCGAAAGUAUGAUUUUCCGGCACAGUGCGGAAAAACACAAGUCGCCAUACUUUACAUUUCAAUAUACGUUCUUUUUAUGAUACUUAAGUCCGAAAUAUUUGCAACUCUUUGAAGACUGAUGUUACCAAUAGAGGAAUAUUGAUAUUCGAGAGGAUGUAUUAUCCAUGCGAAAGUUAUAAUUUUACAUUUAUCGAUAUUUAAAGACAUUAGUUUUGUUAAUAAUAAGUUAAUGUUUAUCCGAUCAAACGCUUUGGAGAAAUCGGUGUAUACGGCAUCAACUUGGUUACCACAUUCUAACGCCUGGAUAAUAAUAUAGUUAGUAUAAACGAAAAGAUUACUAACCGUACUACGUUGGGGUAUAAAACUAUGCUAGUUUGUAACAACUGUAUUUUUAGAUAUGGUUAAGAAACUAUUAGUGAUAAUGGAUUCUAACGCUUUAGACAAUGGUGAAAUGGAACAAAUUUGGUAUGUAGUUACACACAUUUGUUUGUACCAGAUUUAAAUAGUGGCAAAAUGUAAGAAAUUUACCAUUUAUCUCGACAAAUACCUCUUUUAAAGAUGACUGUAAGAGGACAAUGAUAGGAACUGUAAUAGUUAGGUUACAAAGUUUUGUAAAAUAAGGUGGAAUGACAUCCGGAAUUUUAUGUAACGGAAUUUCUACAGUUAUCAACACUUAUUUCUGGUGUCGUAGUGUUGAUGAAACGAUAAAAUUGUAAGCAUAGAAAGGUUUAAUAUAGCUGAUGUAUUAGAAGACUACGCAUAUAGCAUCAGAAUCUUAAAUUUUUUAAAAAGUGAUGUAUAUGAUGUUAACGGACCAACAUCAACAUUUUAUUUAACGUUUCGUCUUUUUUAGUAAUCCGAAAACUCUCUUUGCGUAAAAUGAUGCACUUCAAACAGUAAUAUGCUGUCUGAAUACUAUUUACUACAUUCAUACACAUGCAGAAUAAGUAUUAAGAAAAUGGAUGUCAACAAUUUCUUUCACUGUGUGCUGGCAUAGCAGAAAAUUGUAUUUUUGUUACAAACGUUUUCUACAUUAGCGUCUUGAUAUAAUAUAUAAUAUAUAUAAUAAGUCUCUUGCCGUCUGAUAUCGAUAGUUCAGAUGUGGUCGGCAGAGGCGCUACAUACCGAGGGAUCUUAAUGUGAGUCGAUCUUAAGGGUCAGCUAAAGCAAAUUUUUCCUUGGGAGGCAAUAAAAUUCGGUCAUGACCAGUGCUUUGACGGGCCACUGUAUUUAAAGAACCGGUCGGCUUAGCACCCAGCUGGACACACCAGCACUCACUGCACAAUAAUAAAACCGACCAGAAUUGUUCAGAGGUCUGUUUGCAAAAAUGAAUUAGAAUAAUUAAAAUAUUACUUUGCAAGUGCCCAAUUAUGCUAUUGGAGGCAAAGUAAUAGCACUUCCCCAAAAUUAAAUAAUAAUAAUAAUAAUAUAAGUACUUAUUAUAUUUAUUGUUAUCAAAGUACGUCUUUCAGCAGCUAUUCUAUUACUUAUCACCACUGUAUAAAACUUAUUGUAGUCACUACUGUUUUUAUAACUAAUAUUACACCACUAUUACUAUUGUACAACUAUAUUUGACUAUAAAAUCGUCACUAUAUCUAUAAUCUUAUAGCACUAUCUUUAUGAAAUUGACGAUAUCGAACAAACGCACUAGACUCGUUCGAAAUCAGCUACAAAUAAAAAUUCGAUGCUAACUGCAACAACUUUUAAACAAAAAUUUGCAUUGGUGGGAGAUUUCAAAAUAUCUUAUUGGCUACAUGUAAAUGUAAAUUUUGGUUCCCCGAUAAUUACCUGCGGACGCAAAUCUUUAAUCUGUAACAAAUAUUCCUAAAUACUUAGACGGGGGCGACAAGAUAAUGUAAAUUUAAAAGUAUGUCUGUAAUUGCCUCUUAUUUGGCGUUGUGACUUGCAGAUUAAAGGGUGGACACUCCCAUAAAAUUUUAUUGUCGGAUUAUGGGGGCUUAAAAGGAUAGGUUCUAUGGGCUAGCUGCUAUGGAUUUGAGUGGACCAGAAAAAUGGCUAAGUUUGGUUGACCACAAAUUUUAAAUAUUCUGCCCCUAUUUACUCAAUUAUUUAUUAAGAUAUUUUAUUUCUGUAAAGUGCAAUGGAUUUUUUAAUACAAUUUCUACUAAUGUACCUUUUUGAAAAUUUAAAAUUAAUCCAUAAAUAGCGAAAAGCAGAUAAUCUCAUACUCACACAAUUUUAACGCGUUGUAGUUUUUUUUUGAGAACAAAAUUUAAAAAACGGAAAAGCAGUCUCGGUAGAGUUUUUUACGCUCAUUUCAACGGUGUGAAGUUUAUUACAAUCCGACGUAUACUUUUGGCAAAAACUUGGGCAGAAGUUUACAUGUAUUUCCCUAUGCUGAAAUUAUGCUUUAGCUCACCCUUAAAAUGUGUGGCAAAUAGAAUAGUAACUUUUAUGAAAGAGAAAUAUAUCUCUGUCCUUCUUAGGCUCCGCGUUUUUGACAGCAGGUAUUUUUUGGUUCCGGUAUCGCGAUCCUAUUACUGUCAUUUGGCUGUCAGUUUUCUUGCUGGUAACACGUUCUCCACGACUGUUUGCCGGUUGCCGAUGACGCUUUUUUCUUGUAUAGAGCUGGAGUUAGUUUUGUGACUGGAGUAGUGUUCUCUUCCGUCCGUUGACUGGAUAAUUCUGGUACAAUCUGUCGUAACCUCAAAUCGUAAACAGCAAAUAUUCUUUGACAGUUCCUACAUUUGAUAAAGAAAAUUACUAGUCUCACGCUAUCUUUGUCUAGCACAUAGGUUAAGUUCCUCUUUGUCGAAGUCCGGGCACAGGCAGUUUGCCGUACUUUCUAAAAGUAAAUAAUGGUAAACAGUAUAAUAAUAGAUCUAGUGACUUUAGGGAAUCUAGCCACAAUAUAUCAGUACCGAAACUGUGGCAAUAGGGUAUUCCACUGCCACUUUGUACCGCUAGAGGCGCCACGUCUGUAAGGGCAAAAUCACCAAAGAGUGUCAAAUAUAGUGACUUUCGUGUGGUAAAGUUGUACCUCUACAUGUGGCGACUGUAUUACUAGAUAUAUUAACAAAAAUUUUUAUUCAAAUCAAAUAAAAUGUAGAAAGACUGAUUAAUUCACAAAAUACAAAUGUCAAUUUGAUUGUUGCCAAACCUUUGGUUACAAUUCCUGCCCCUUCGGUGGUGGCGCCAUCUACUUUAGAUUUGCGUGGAAUACCCUAUAUUUGCGAAACGGGUGUAACUUGGGCAGCCCGUUCCCGCGAAACACGAAGAUUCAAAUAUUUAUAUAAUACUAAUAAUUGUACACAAAAAUAGAAAUGUGUGAUACUAGUGAUAUUGACGUUUUUGUUACUUCCCGACCGUAAGCGGGUCCGUCGACCGACUAUCUACUUUUACACUGUCUCGACCUUUCAUGACCCCUAGAGUACGAAGAGAUACGUCUCCGGUUUCCAUCUAUCUGACUGUCUGUCUGUCUGCUGUCCCAGAUUCUUAUUAGACAGAUCUCCGAAAGUAGUGGACCGAUUGUUGUCAAAUUUUGUAUUUAUAAAUAGGAAUAUCAUGCAGAUGGUAAAACGCUAACCAAAAUUUGUAUAAUAAUGUGAUGACGUCACUUCAAAAUUGUACAAAGUAAAUGAGUUUUAAAUUGUAUAAAAUAAUAUAGUCCUGCAGAUGCAGUUUAUGACUCCGAGUUGAGUUUUUACCGGAAACGUCCAGAUUUUUGGGAAAAAAAACAAAAUUAUUAAAGAACAUUUUAGAAUUUAAUUUUGAAUGUGCAAAACUGAAUGCUUUGAAAUCUUGCGGAUGUUUUAAAGUUAUGAUAAACGUAAUAAAUUUUAAUCUUCUUUAUACAUAAAAGCCAAUGUCCCGACUGACCUAUCAAUGCCCAGCCCAAACCGCUAAUGCUAGAAAGUUGAAAUUUGGAGAGAAUGUUCAUUUUAUACCGGAGGCAUCGUUUAAGAAGGGAUUUCUCGAAAUUCGUUCCCUGAAUGGGUGAAAAGGGGUGAUAAAAUUUGUACAGGACCAAUAUGUCUACUGUAAAAUUUACAUCGUUACGUGAAACCUGGUACAUUUUAAUCUUCUUCAAUACAAAUAAGGAAAUAGUAUGUAAUAGAGAUGUACCGACUGUAGGUCUGGCCGACUAACCGACUAGCUGAUUGUUCGGCCAGUAAAAACCGACUAGUCGGCCGACUGUUCGGCUUUGCUAAAACCGGUUUAUAAAUGCGACAGACAGUGUGUUUUUUUUUCUAUUUCUCUGACUACCUUAAAAAUUUGUUUUAUUUUAAUAAAAGGAAUAACUAAAGUUCCUUUGUUUUCCAAAAAAUGUGUUAAAUUUUUUUGGAUAAUUUUAACAUUUAAUUUUUUUUAGUAACUCAGUACAAAAAUUAUGAAUAACACAAUUUAGUUUAUACAAUAUUUGAACUAAGAUUAAGUUGAUCGCACAUUUAACAAGGCCAUUAGCGACGUCUGAUUGGCGUAGAGUCGGUCACAUGGUACUUUAACGCGGGGUUAAAAAUUAAAUCGCAAUUAAAUAUUUAAUUGAGGUUCUGUGAACCGAGUUUAAUUGUUUUAUAUACUAUUUUAAUUUUAAUAAAAAAAGCCGACCGAUCGGCUGGUUAGCCGACCAGUCGCCGACUGCAGCCGACGAUGAAAAACGGUCGAAUAGUCGGCUUAUCCGACCGGUCGGCCACUAGUCGGUACAUCCCUGGUAUGUAAGCAUUUUCAGAGAUUCGAACCCUAAGGGGGUGAAAAGUGGUGUCUACGUUUGGGCGCCUAAGUUUGUAUAGGAACAAUAUUUCUACUAUAAAUUGAAAUUUUUACGUGCAACUUGGUGUUAAUAUUCUUCCACACAAAUAAUGAAACCCGUCUUUAAGUAUUUUCUAAAAUUCAACCUCUAAGGGGGUGAAAUGUGGAGGCUAAGUUUGUAUGGGAAAAUAUUUCUAUUGCAUGUUCAAAUUUUUACGAGAAACUUUUUAUUAUUUUUUAUUAAUGCUCUUCGACACAAAUAAUGAAACACGUAUUUAAACAUUUUCCGAGAUUCAACCCCUAAUAGGGUAAAAAAAGGCGUGGCUAAGUUUGUACUAUGAGAAAAAUAUUUUUAUGGUGGUGUUUACUUAAAACUUGGUAUUAAUGCUCUUCAGCACAAAUAAUAAACACAUGUUUAAACAUUUUUCCAGAUUCAACCCCUAAGGAGGUGAAAGGUGGCUAUAUUUGUGUGGGGAAAAUAUUUGUAUUGUAAAUUUAAAUUUUUACGUCAGACUUGGUAUUAAUUAUGUCCAAGACAAAUAAUGAAAUCCGUAUUUAAGCAUUUUCUGAGAUUCAUCCCCAAAGAGGGUGAAAAAUGGUGACGAAGUUUGUAUGGGAAAAUAUUUCUACUCUAAAUUUUUACAAAUGAACUUGGAUUAAUACUCUUCAACACAAAUAAUGAAAUACGUAUUUCAGGUUUUUUUCGAGAUUCCACCCCUAACAAGAUGAAAGGGGGGACAAAGUUUGUAUGAGGAAAAAUAUUUUUAUAUCGAGUUUUACUAGAAACUUUGUAUUAAUGUCCUUCAGCACAUUUUUUUACUUGAAGCUUGGUAAUAAUGCUCUUCAACACAUCGAAUCGUCUAUGCGAGCGAAGCCGCGGGCGAAAAGCUACUCAAAAUAUAUUUGCUUAUCUCCAAAAAAUUGGUGACGUCAGCUCAAAAUUUUGCCGAAUAAAUCAUAUCUAAAAUGUCCAAAAUAUGAUGAGUCUAUACUAGUGAUUUAUGAUGCCAUUCAUAUUUUUUGGAUUUGCAUAUCGAGGGUGACUCAAAAAAUUAAUGAAUGAAUCUUAGAGAUGUUUUAAAGUUACCACAAGCAUGAUAAAUUUUUGAUCAAAAUGCAUUUGCUCAUCCCCCCUUAAUAAUUAAUGACGGCACCCCAAAAUUUUGCUGAAUAAAUCCUAUCUAAAAUGUACAAAAUAUGAUGAGUCUGUACUUGUGAUUUAUCAUUCCAUUCAUAUUUUUUGGAUUUGUAUACACAGGUGACCCAAAAAAAUUAAUAAAUGCGUGAAUUUAUUUUUUUGAUUUAAUCAGGAAUUGCAAAACCGAAUGCUUUGAAAUCUUGGAGAUCUUUUAAAUUUAUAAGCAUGGUACAAUUUUGAUCAAAAUGUAUUUGUUCAUCCCCCUUAAAAAUUUGAUGAUGCCGCGGCAAAAUUUUGCUGAAAAAAUGCUAUCUUAAAUGUGUAAAGAAGAUGAUUCUAUACUUGUAAUUUAUCACUGCAUUAAUAUUUUUUAUAUAUAUGUGCUUAUACUGGGUGUCUGAAAAAAAUUAAUGACUGACUCAAUUAAUUUUAUUGAUUAAAUCAAGAAUUGCAAAACUAAAUACUUCUCUUGCAGACGUACUUGUGUUAAAUUACAAGUACUAUACAGGGUGUUCCUUUUAUCUGUUUACGCCUGACAAUUUUUGCAUGGGCAACAUAUUAUACACCUCAGAGACGACUUCGUCCAAUUUAUUUUUUUUUAAUAAGCAAUCAUAGCAAUCACAAAAAAAUGACAAAGGUGUCAAUGCCAAAGAAUGACAAAAUUGAAAAAAUUAACACUCAAUUUAUUUUAAAAUACCCUGCUACAAAAAUGUAAUAGGCAUGCAGUCGUCACGUUUCCGACAGUGAGGGAAGUUCUGUCUAAACUCUUUAGACCAAUUUUUUUAAAGAGCUGGAUUUGUCGGAUUAUACUUGUAGCCUUCGACCAAUUUUUUAUUGAUCAAAUUAAGAACUUUAUUUUUUAUACAGGAUGUUAUUGAAAGGUACGUACAACAAAAUUGACAGUUAUUCGCGAAAUCUGAGAAGUCGGAAAAACUUAUUUUGUGUUAUCAAAAUUAACCCUUAUCCAACCUUUUUAGACGCUACUGAAGGAUAAAUAAGUAAAAUUAAUUUAUUUUAGUAAAUCCUAGCAACUGUAAUAAUAAAACUAUUGUCAAAACUAAAUGUUGCUGUAGAAACGAAAGAUGAUCUUUUUAUCAGAGGCGUACAACGAAUGUGGACAUAAAUUUUAAAAAUUUUUAUCUCUAAAAGGAGAACACUUACCUGAACUUUUUUUACUUUUAUAACUCAUACUUCGAGACCAAUUGCCGAUUUUAUUUUGUACGUACUUUUCAAUAACACGCUAUAUUUGCUUAUAAGGGUCACUCAAAAAAAUGAAUGAAUUAGUCAAUUUAUUGUAUUGAAUAGACCAAGAAUUGCGAAACUGAAUACUUUGACAUCUGGCAGACGUUUUAAAGUUAUUGUAAGCAUGGUAAAUCUUAAUCAAAUAUAUCUGUUUAUUCCCUCCAAAAAAUUUAUGACAUCAUCUCAAAAUUUUGUCAAAUAAAUUCUACCCAAAGUGUGCAAAAUAUGAUGAGUUUUUACUUGUGAUUUAUCAAUGCAUUCAUAUUUUUUAGAUUUGCUUAAGAAGGUAGCCCAAAAAAUUAAUUAAUGUGACAAUUUAUUUUAUUGAUGAAAUCCGGGACGGCUCACUCUAUUUUCCCAGAAAAUUUUGGGAAUACAAUACUGUUAUUUUAAGUAUUACACUGCACCAUUUCAAGUUGAUAUACGUGUCCUUGCAAAAAUGAAGGUGACGUCAUCACAAAAUUGUGUAAAGAAAGAACUCAACUCGAAUAAAAUGUUGAAUAUGUUUCAUUGUACUUCAGGAGCGAGGGAAGUUCUGUCGAAACAACUUUCGACCAAUUUUUUGUAAAUUUUAAUUCAUUCAAGCAAAGCAUUUUUAUUCAAUUUUGACGUUUUAAACUGCGUCUAUUAAAUCUUUAGCAAGUCUGACAAAUAAGUUAUUAUUCACAAGUGAAUUGCGAAAUUUUUAAUUCACUCUUAAAAUUUUUAAAUCACUCAGAAAAAUAAAAAACAGCUUCAGGAACAUAAACAUGAUGCUUAUUAUUUUUAAUAGUUUUCACAAGAAUACAAUUUGUUAACAAUUUUCACUAAACGGUUGCUGCUACUAAAUCAGGAUUGUUUGGCAAAUUUCUUUGGCUCUGUGAGGCGUUAAUUUGGAAAUUGUAUAAAUCCCACACCAAUACAAUUCCAAAAUGCCGUUUCGGAUACUAUAUAUUACAGAUUAUUUCGAUACAAGUCCACGAACCAACUGCAAGACAAUAUUUUUCUUGAAAUGAAGAAUUUGCCAAGUUGUUCUUUUGAACAAACUGCACGACAUAUCUUCCCACUAUUCUGACCGCUUAAACAAUCAUUAAGCGAUGUGAAUUACCGAAAAGUCACCUGGAAACAACAUACCUGUUUAUGGUACGUUUGUGGAUACUUACAAUAUAUUCAAGUGAGAGUCAGCAAUAAAGACGCGUGAUCAGCGCGUGUUCAACUGCCUAUUGGUUAAGGCAGGGUUUUUCCCAAGUCAGUUUUCCACUGUACCGAUAUUUCAUUGUCGGUGCGUAUCAUUGUUGACUUAUCCCUUGCUUUGUGUCGUCUCUUUGCUUCCAUCCUUCGUGUUUUUGCUUGUUUUUAUACUUGUAAGCGGUAUCAGGUCGGACGUUGGAAACAUUAUUAUGUCAAAAUCAGAAUCCAAAACUUCUGUACAGUGUAACACGGGCUAGGCGCAGUAUUCUUACGCGCACUCGGCUCCAGAAUGCAUGCAUCAUGCAGGUGCCACGUGAUCAUUGACUCUUUCCUUUGAACAGAGUAUAAUACGAAAAUCCUUACAUCGCCAUUGCUGCAAAGUUUAUGUGAACUUUGCAUAUUCUUGUGAAGUGGUAGAUUCUAUAUUAAUUUUGUGCCAUUUUAAGAUCUCGAAUUAAGAUGUGAUUUUUGGCGAUUUAAUGAUGCCACAUGAACAUUUUACAUUUUAUACGGCGGCAAUCGAUGAAACAUUUUGUGAGUUUUUUUCAAUUAAUGCACUGUAAUCAUUAACUGGUUUGCUGCUAAAAAACGAAUUAUUAAAAAAUACCAUUCCACCACCCAUGUAAAGAUUUUCCUCUUCGUUACCUGGAUUCAUUUUUUAUUAGAGUUAGAAUUUUUUACACACUAAAAUUUAAAAAUAAAACUUGAACCGCUCAACCACGUAGACUUCGAUCUUAUAUCAGCUUUAACCAGUAGUUAGUUGACAUUCACCCUGUAAUUUUUUAGUAGUUUUUACAUGUAUCGUAAGUAUCUAUUACUUUGUUGUUAAAAUAAAUUUUACUUUUAUCUUAAA